UAUUAAAUUCAUGUUCAUUCAACUGAAUUAUAAAACAAAUAUAUGAGAAAGUCAUAUAAGAGCCAUAUUGUUGUAUUCCGCACGAUUGCCGAUCGUAUUAGUCGCAAUGCAGCUUGCAACGCGAGUAUUGUUGCUGUAUCUGACAUUUGUUUCUUGUGAUCGAUACGAUUUCUUGUCAGAGUUGUACGACGAUGUGAUAGAAUCUCCGUUUUACAUAAAAAGAUCACAGGAGAGAAAACCAGAUCGUUUUUACUAUCAUGAGGAUGCGCCGAGAACUCCGUAUUAUGACAACAUACCUAUAUUGACUCACCCAAAGACGAUUACGCCUAUAAGGCCGAUAGAUGAUCCAGAGAGCAAUCCGAACAAUCUCAAGUAUCGACAUAUGCGCAGCAGGAAGUCCAUUGUCGCUGGAUUGGACAACCUAAGACCUAUCGACGAGAGAUUCUGCCUACCGUAUUUGCUUAUCCCGAACACCACAAUGUCGAGCCCCGUCCAAUGCGCUCGCACGUGUCGUAAAGACGAUCGUAAAAUCUGCUAUUAUAAUUUCGUCGUGGAGAAUUAUCAGGUCAACGGACUGGCUUGCGAGUUGUGCACUCCCGGUGCGACGAAUAAUUUCUGCAGUGAUUGCCAAUGCGUGCCCGGUGACGGUGUCGAGCGUUCCGCCCAACUUGUGAAUAGACAGUUGCCAGGACCAUCCAUCGAAGUGUGCGAAGGCGACCACGUGGUGAUCGAUGUCGAGAAUCGCAUGUCCGGUACCGGCAUGUCGAUCCAUUGGCAUGGAGUUCUUCAAAAAGGAUUUCAAUACUACGACGGUGUUCCAUUCUUGACGCAGUGUCCCAUUUUGAAUGGUGAUAAAUUCAGAUAUCAAUGGACUGCGAACAACGCUGGAACGCAUUUCUGGCACGCGCACAGCGGUCUACAGAAGAUGGACGGAAUUCUCGGUGGCCUUGUCGUGCGUAAACCGCCCGAGGAAGAUUAUCACAGUCAUCUGUACGACUACGAUCUUUCCAACCACGUUAUCAUAAUAAAUGAUUGGAUGCACAAUCAAGCGAUUAAUUACUUCCCAGGCAGACGUUUUUCAAACAUUGGCCAGUUACCGGAUACGAUACUCAUCAACGGCAAAGGGCAAUUCACGGAUCUACAGACCGGGAAUACGACGAACACCACGCUGCAAGUGUUCGACGUGAAACCUGGUAAACGAUAUCGUUUUCGUUUAGUCAACGCGUUCUGCACGGUAUGCCCUGGUAUGUUCACCAUAGAAAAUCACAAGAUUACCAUUAUUGCCACAGACGGUGAAGACAUCGAGCCGAAAACGGUGGAUUCCGUCACAUCGUUCGCAGGCGAACGUUAUGAUUUCAUUUUGCACACCAACAAAUCCGUUGACUCUUAUUGGAUACAAGUUCGCGGCAUGGGUGGAUGCACCAAGGAUGGUAUACAACAAUUAGCCAUUCUGCGCUACGAAGGCGCAUCCAACCAACCGAAACCGCAUCCUACUUACGACGAAGGUCUCCCUCAGGGUCUUGUGUUGAACGCGUUAAACGCAACUUGCGAGGUACCACUGGACGAUACAAUUUGCGUCAGCAAUUUAGACAGCAAAAACGAGAUAGACGAAAGGAUUCUUCAGAAGGAGCCUGACCUGAAAUUCUACUUACCUGUCGGUUUCGAGGAAUAUACGCAACAGGAAGUCUUCGAACCUAAUUACUAUCGUAAAUUUAUGGUUGCAAAAGGUGAAUCUCCCAUAAACGCCUUAAUCGACGGCAUAUCGUUCACGUUCCCACCUUCACCACCCCUUUCUCAGCCUAUGGACAUGUCGAAUAAUCAGUACUGUAACAGAGAUACGCUACAGGACUAUUGCAAGGAUGACGUGUGCACUUGCACACAUACGUUGGAUAUUCCGAACGACUCGGUGGUCGAGAUACUGCUAGUCGACGAAUUACAAGCGACCAAUUUGUCCCAUCCUUUCCAUUUGCACGGACAUGCGUUUUAUGUAAUGGGCAUGGGACGAGCUAUAGAUGAGAAUGUGAGCAGCAUUAAUUGGAAAAUUGUGCGGGAAAUGGACGAGAAGGAUCAAGUCAAUAGGUGUUUUGACAAGCCGGUGAAGAAAGAUACCGUGGCGAUUCCGUAUAACGGCUAUGUUGUGAUUCGCUUCAUUGCGAACAAUCCUGGCUACUGGCUGUUCCAUUGUCACUUAAUUUACCACCAAAUGGUCGGCAUGGAGAUGGUGGUAAAAGUUGGCGAACGAAAGGACCUUCCGCCGGUGCCAAAGAACUUCCCUAAGUGCGGAAAUUAUCUUCCAUCCAUCGGAUAUAACGCGUAUCCACCGUUUAUAAAGAAAACACGAAAACCGCGAUAUUGAUAAUUCUAUAAACGAACGUGCAGAGGUAAUAUUUAUAAAUUCACGACAUACACGUGUGUAUCUAGUCUCAUACAGAACUGUGAACAGAACUGAGUACAAGAUUUAGAUAGGACUGAGAGGCUACGCGACUCGUCCCACUGCCUUGCCACAUUUUUUAAAUUAAUAUUUUAAUAAUUAUUGCAACUGCAAGCUUUGCAGAGUACUCUCUUGUUCAGCUCUCAGUGAGCUUUAUUCUCAUACAACUAUUGGCUUUAUUCUCAUAGGCUAUAUCUUACAAUUGGCUUUAUAUCUUACGAUUAUUUUGUAUAACGAUGUAAUUUAUAAAUAUUGAGAAUAUAUUAUAAAUUACUCUUUUACUACGAUAUCUGCACACAGUACACAGCACAGUAACAAUAUUAAUCUCGCUAGUGUUAAUGGACGAGACGAGAAAAAGAAUCUAAGCAAUUCUAUCACAAAUGAGAGAUCGUGUUACUCUAUUUGGUGAGUUGCAUCUAUUAGCUCGCGUGAUGGCAAUAGAGAAGAAGAUAAAAGUCAUAAAAUGUCACACGUAUUCUAUAUAUCUAAAUUUUAUUAUCCAAAAAUAUAUUAUGUAAAAAUAAUUAAUUAUUUCGUGUGUUUAUAAUUAAUUAUUUCGUGUGUUAAUAAUUUAAAUUUAAAUUUUAAAAUAUCAAUUUUUUUAAACACAGAGGCCAAAGUGCGGAUAUUAAUGUGUUAUCCCGAAUCAUAUAUCACGUAAUAUUGGAGGCUCAAACUUUGUGACGAAAUGUGACGAAGUGGAGGAAAAAUAAAAAAUAUUCAAAUUUUUCGCAUGA